AUGCUCAGCCAGCAUCAUUACCGGAUAGUCAACUUGGAGCAACGUUUACAGGCCAUGGAAGAAGCCUUUGGAACUGCUAAACAGCCUAAUCAAGACGGAAUUGAUCGAACAGCUAACAGUUCCAUAUUGAGAUCAGCAAGAGCUUUACGAGUUGAAAGAGAUUGUGGAUGUCCUCCAGGACCCAAAGGAGAUCCAGGACCACCCGGACCACCUGGACCACGAUGGACUCCGAAUCGGCGAAAGCAAAGUCGAACUGCCUAUCAGCUGGAUGCCCGUUUGGAACGUAGAAUGAGAGCCUUAGGCAUGGUUUAUACUCCGGAUGGACAAGCAAUUCAAGUUCAAGGAUUACAAGGACCACCUGGACCACCCGGACCAAUUGGUUUAGAUGGCCCUAGAGGUCUUCCGGGUGCGCCAGGAGCUAAGGGUGAACGCGGUGAGAGAGGACCUAUCGGUCCUCCUGGAUUCCCCGGGCCCAAAGGUGAACGCGGAACUACAGGUGGAGGACAUGUCAACCCUAACUCACAAAUGCAGCUUCAUGGACAUCCAGCAGGUCCUAUGAUUUUGCAAGGACCACCUGGACCACCGGGCCCACCCGGAGUACCAGGUCCAGCCGGGAAAGAUGGCAGACCAGGAAUGAAAGGAGAUCGUGGUUUACCUGGCUUUGACGGUGAAUCUAAAGUUGGCCCAAGAGGAGAACCAGGAGAACCGGGAAGAGAUGGAAUGCCUGGAUUACGUGGCCCACCUGGAGAACGUGGACAAAAGGGUGAAGCAGCCGUCUCGUACAGUAGAAGUUAUCCGUUAGCGCAACAACAUGUUGUUGCUGGACCACCGGGACCACCGGGUCCUCCCGGUCCAUCGGGACCAAUGGGUCCCGUUGGACUGACUGGAACAGGGUUACCCGGCUUGCCCGGAACUCCAGGAAGACCAGGACAACAGGGAGAGAAGGGAGAACGUGGAGAUCAAGGAAUGCCGGGUGAAAAAGGAAUUCCCGGAAGACCAGGAGUUCAAACUGGAGCAACAGCAGAAAAUACCAAGAUCUUGAUGGGACCACCUGGGCCUCCAGGAAGAGAUGGAAAGAAUGGCGAAAAGGGAGAGAAGGGAGAUCCAGGAGAGCCCGGACCAAUCGGGCCAAUGGGACCAGAAGGCCCUAUGGGUAAAAGAGGACGUCGGGGCCGACCAGGCAAUUUCUCAAUCGAAGAGGAUCCUCAUCUUAUUCAAAAGAUUGUCCAUCUUAUUCACAAACAUAUGCCUGAUUCGAAAAUGAAACAUGGACCUCCUGGCCUUCCAGGCCCCGUCGGACCUACUGGUCCUCAGGGUCGCGAUGGCCCCAGAGGACCACAAGGUCUUCCUGGGCAUGCCGGAGAAAAGGGUGAAAGGGGUGAUAUUGGACCACCAGGGCUACCCGGACAACCUGGAUCUAACAGUGAAAGUGGUAUUGGAGCUAGUGUCAUGGGUCCUCGUGGUCCACCAGGAUUACCUGGAAACCCAGGACCUAAGGGAGAAGAUGGUAUGCCUGGUCAACCUGGCUCAUUAGGAUUACCAGGACCUCCAGGCCCAAUAGGACCACGUGGUUCUGCCGGAGAAGGCAAACCGGGAAAGCCUGGCCCAAUCGGACCAAAAGGUGAUAUCGGACCAAUGGGACCAUCUGGAGUUCCUGGACUUCCUGGACCUAUUGGAGAUCGUGGUGAUCGUGGAGAACGCGGCUAUCCAGGAGAAAAAGGAGAUCAGGGUAUUCCUGGAUUAGAUGCACCUUGUCCCACAGGCCCAGACGGACUGCCACUACCCUACUGCUCUUGGAAACCAAUGGAGGGCAAGGGCAGCGACACUUGGGAGCGACGAAAGUGA